AUGUACGGCCUGUAUCUGGAAGCGGUGAACGACUACAUCAAUGAGUCGUACGGAGAAGACGUGUGGAGGCUGAUCGAGAACCGAGCCGAGAUCCCCCACCUCAAGUUUGUACGGCACCAGAUGUACAAUGAUAACCUGAUCCUGCGAUUGGCGAAGGCAGCAGGGGAGGUGCUGGGGAAGACGCACGAUGAGCUGAUGUACGCUUUCGGAGUCUACAUGGUCAAGAGGAUCGGCAACUACGGAUAUGAACGCAUCCUCAAGGUGUUGGGGAGAAAUGUGCGAGACUUCAUCAAUGAGCUGGAUAAUCUGCACGAGUAUUUCCGCUUCUCCUUCCCCAAAGUGCAGCCGCCCAGCUUCUGUGUGGAGGAGGAGUGCGAGACCAGCCUCACCCUGCAUUACAGGAGCACCAGAAAAGGCUUCACACAGUUCGUCAAAGGUCAGCUGUCUCAAGUGGGCCGACAGUUCUACAACACAGACAUAGAAGUAGAGAUCCUGUCCAAAGAGGAGACAGAGAAGAUGACCUAUGUGGUUUAUAAGAUGAACUUCGACAACGCCGCCUUCAAACACCGGAUGCCUCAGCAGAAGACGGCUCCGAGCUACGAGAAGCUGCCCAUGAAGAGAGGCAUCUUCUUUGACAUGUUCCCCUUCAGCGUGAUCUUCAGGAGGGACAUGACCAUGUACCGCAUCGGGGACGGCCUCAAGGAGGUCUUCUCCGACCUCCAGGGCAAGAAGGUCAACGAGGAGUUCACCCUGGUCCGACCUAUGCUCGAGUUCAGCUGGGACAAUAUCUACACUCAUCUAAACAAUGUAUUUGAGCUGCUGUCCAAAGCCGUGGUGGAAAGCAAACAGAAGGUAAACAUCCCCAAACUGAGUAAAGAGGAGCCAGAGGAGAAGGAAGAGAACGAGAAAGCCAAGAGGGAGGAGGAGAGAGAGUCUAAGGCGGUGGAGGAGAUGAAGGGCACAGAUCAGGAGUACAGCAGCGCCCUGACCCAGUACAACAGCUCGGCUAACUCUGGAGGAGAGGACAUCGAGCUGCUGGCCUUCCAGACAGUCACCGGCAAAUGCAGCGAGACCAUCUUCGAGGACAUGAGGGAGCCUCCGAAGAAGCCUCUGCACCUGAAGGGACAAAUGAAGUAUGUCCCCCAGUGGGACUCCCUCAUCUUCCUGGGGACACCAAUUAUUGAGACGGUGGAGGACAUGAUAAAGAUGGGCGUUUACGUGAACGAUCUGAACCUGCACGACUCCAGCAGAGAGCUCAUUCUGGCUGGAACACAGCAGUCGGCCGAGCUGCAGCUGGCUCUCGAUCAGGAGCAGCAAAAGUACGCCCAGCUACAAGAGAUCAUCAAGAAACUGGACGAGGAGAAGAAGAGGGGAGACUCUCUGCUCUACGCCAUGAUCCCCAAAGCUGUGGCCGACCGCCUGCGGAAGGGCAUCACAGCGCUGGAGACAUGUCAGGUGUUCCCAGACGUGACCAUCCUGUUUAGCGACGUGGUGAAGUUCAAUGAGAUCUGCAUCCACAUCACGCCCAUGCAGGUGGUGGACAUGCUCAACGAGAUCUACAUCGUCUUCGACACUCUGAGCGAGAAACACAACGUCUACAAGGUUGAGACGAUUCGUGACGCCUACAUGGUGGUGGCCGGCGUUCCCAAUAAGACCACGUUCCACGCCCACCACAUCUGUGACAUGGCCCUGGACAUGCUCAGCUCCAUCGACCACCUCAAAGACCCCUCCACCGGGGACAACAUCCAGAUCCGAGUGGGGAUCCACUCGGGGAUGGUGGUGGCCGGCGUGGUGGGACUGAAGAUGCCCCGUUACUGUCUGUUCGGAGACACAGGCAUGCAGAUCCACAUCAGCCAGACCACCAAAGACCACCUGGAGCACGAGCCCUACAUUAUCGAGGAGAGGGGCAAAAUAUUUGUCAAGGGUAAAGGUUACAUGAAGACGUACUGGCUGAAGGGGAAGAAGGACCUGUCCUUUAAGACGCCUGCAGAGCUCCGCUACAGCAGCGAGCAGAAGGAGGAGGACCUGAGCUCCACCGGCUCUACCAGCACCAAUGCCAAGCGCAUGGCCUCUAACGUUCACAUCACCAGCAGUGAGGAGCAAGCAGAAGGCAAACCCAGCCCCAGUGACCUGCCCAUGGAUGCGCUCUCGCCACCAGAGGCCGCCAACGAGCAGCGCACCGUGUCUGCUGAACCCCCGGAGAAGGGAGCCAAAAAGACUAAAAACAACAAGGGGGCCAAGCAGGAAGCACCAGAGGGCAACGCCGCCACCGAGACGACGCCCCCUGCGGACGGCCUGGAGAUUCCCGGGCCAUUAAUCAACAACAAGAGGAACAGCUUCAGGGAGUAUGCCAAGCUGCCCACAAACCUGCCCAUGCGUAGUGCCGCCUGUGUGAUUCUGUGA